GGGUGGAGACGGGCCUUACGGAGGGCGGGGCGCGGCCGGGGUGCAAGGCGGGUACUGCAGGCAGCAGCCAGCGCUGCGCUCCGCGGCGGCGGAAGAUGGCUGCGGCCGAGGCGGUGGACACUCAGCUGAUGCUUGGAGUCGGGCUGAUCGAAAAGGACACAAAUGGAGAAGUUCUGUGGGUAUGGUGUUAUCCUUCCACGACAGCCACAUUAAGGAGCCUGCUGCUGAGGAAAUGCUGCCUUACAGAUGAAAAUAAACUUCUCCAUCCCUUUGUCUUUGGUCAGUACAGAAGAACAUGGUUUUAUAUCACAACAAUUGAAGUUCCAGAUUCUUCUGUUUUGAAAAAGGUAUGCAUGAAGGUGACUCAUUUUUCUAUUGUUCUGACUGCCAAAGAUUUUAACCCAGAGAAGUAUGCUGCCUUCACUAGGAUAUUGUGUAGAAUGUACCUGAAACACGGGAGCCCAGUUAAAAUGAUGGAGAGUUAUAUUGCAGUUCUCACAAAGGGGAUAUGCCAGAGUGAAGAAAAUGGCUCUUUCCUUAGCAAGGACUUUGAUGCUCGAAAGGCCUACCUGGCUGGCUCCAUCAAAGACAUUGUAUCUCAGUUUGGAAUGGAAACUGUUAUCUUACACACAGCUCUGAUGCUAAAGAAAAGAAUUGUGGUGUAUCACCCCAAAAUAGAAGCGGUCCAGGAGUUUACCAGGACUCUGCCUGCCCUGGUGUGGCACCGACAGGACUGGACCAUCCUUCACCCUUACGUGCACCUCAAUGCCGAUGAACUGGAAGCCCUGCAGAUGUGCACAGGUUAUAUCGCCGGAUUUGUAGACUUGGAGGUGAGCAACAGACCAGACCUCUAUGAUGUGUUCGUGAAUCUGGCAGAGAGUGAGAUUACCAUUGCUCCCCUUGCAAAAGAGGCCAUGGCAAUGGGCAAACUUCACAAAGAAAUGGGUCAGCUAAUUGUUCAGUCUGCAGAAGAUCCAGAAAAAUCAGACAGCCAGGUUAUACAGUGCUGGUGGCCUGGCCAGAUGUGAGCAGGAAGAGUGGACCGAUCUUGCUCUAAGAACCUGAACACAAGAGACUCUGGGGCCACCUCUUUCCUACCACGUGAAUCCUCAUUGCCCUCCUAUCCCCCAGCAUUAGAGAAAAGACAUUGUUAAAAUAACAGCAAAAUAUGUAAAUGUGAGUUUUGCAUUACUGUGUUGUUCACAGACUAAAAGUGCUACCUAGAUGACUUAAUAAUGUAAGAGACCUUGGGGAAGGCAAGUGAAAGUGCUGGGAAUGUUGUAAGGGUUCAAAAAUAUAUGAAUGAAUUACUGAUGUCAGCAAACAAGGAAGACCUGAUUUUUUUUCUUUUUGCACUCUGAUGCCCAGGCUGGAGUACAGUGGUGUGAUCUUGGCUCACUGCAACCUCCACCUCCCAGGUUCAAAUGAUUCUCCUGCCUGAGCCUCCCAAGUAGCUGGGAUUACAGGUGCCUGCCACCAUACCUGUCUAAUCUUGUAUUUUUAGUAGAGAUGAGGUUUCACUAUGUUGGCCAGGCUGGUCUCAAACUCCUGCCCUCGAGUGCUUCGUUUGCCCCAGCCUCCCAAAGUGCUGGCAUUACCAGUGUGAGUCACUGUGCCCGGCCAGAAGACAUGAUUUGAAUGAGCGCUUUAGUGAGUCCUCAGCCACCCAAAAGGAAUAAAGCCUGCGUGGCAGGUGCCAGGCAGAAGAGGACUUUUGGGAAAUUUCUUCAAAAAACAAUAGCAGCAUUUCUCAAAAAGUUAAACAUUGAGUUACCAUAUAAUUUAGCAAUGCUGUUUCUGGGCAUAUACCCAAAAUAGUUGAAAGCAGGGAUUCGGCCAGGUGUGGUGGCUCAUGCCUAUAAUCCCAGCACUUUGCGAGGCAGAGGUGGGUGGACCCCCUUAGGUCAGGAGUUCAAGACCAGCCUGGCCAACAUGGCGAAACCCUCUCUCUACUAAAAAUACAAAAUUAGCCAGGCGUGGUGGUGGGUGCCUAUAAUUGCAGCUUGGGAGGCUGAGGCAGGAGAAUCGCUUGAACUUGGGAGACGGAGGUUGCAGUGACCCAAGAUUGCACGAUUGCACUCCAGCCUAGGCAAUAAGAGUGAAACCUCAUCUCAAAAAAAAAAAAAAAAAAAAAAGUCCAGUAAAAAUACAGUAUUAUUACCUUAUGGGUCUACCAUUGUAUAUGUGGUCCCUGGUUGACCAAAACGUCAUUAUGUGGUACAUGACUGUAUUUGUAUGGAAAUAUCCAUAAUAGUGUUGCUCACAGUAGCCAAAAGGUAGAAGCAGCCCAGUGUCCUUCAGAUGAAUGGGUAAGCAAAAUGUAGUCUUUCUAUAUGAUGGAAUAUUAGCCUUAAAAAGGAAUGGAAUAUUUUGAAUGUGGCUUUGUUGGUGGGGAAAAAAAAGGAAUAGAAUUCUGAUACAUGCUGCAACAUAGAUGAACCUUGAAAACAUGCUAAUGAAAUAAGCCAGACACUAACGGGUGAAAGUAUGAGUCCACUUACACGAACUAUCUAGAGCAGACAGUUUCACAGAGGUAGAAAGUAGAAUAGAGGUUACCAGAGGCUCAGCGAGAGGAAACUGGGUUCUGGUUUAAUGGAUACAGUUUCUGCUUGGGCUGGUGAAAGUGCGGGAACCGGGCUGAUGGCUGUGCAGCUGCAGAUGUACUUAAUGCCGCCGAACUAGACACAUGAAAUGGCUAAAAUGAGUUUAAAAAUCUGUGACAUUGAUUUUUCUAAGUUAUUUUGUUUCAUUUUUCUUUAAAAAGAAUUAUCAGGCUAGGCACAAUGGCAUAGGUAUCCUAGCAGUUUGGGAGGCCGAGGUGGGCAGAUCACUUGAGCCCAGGACUUUGAGACCAGCCUGGGCAACAUGGUGAAACCCUAUCUGUACAAAAAUAUUUAAAAAUUAGCUGGGUGUGGUGGCGUGCACCUGUAGUUCCAGCUCCUCGGGGGGCUGAGGUGGGUGGAUCACUUGAGCCUGGGAGGUCAAGGCUGCAGUGAGCCAUGAUUGCACCACUGCACUCCAACCUGGGUGACGAAGUGAGACCCUGUCUCAAAAACAAAAGCAGAAAACACGAGUUAUCUCUUAGUGGUUUGUUUUUGAGACAGGGUUGCCCAGGCUGGAGUGCAAUGGCAUGAUCAUAGCUCACUGCAGCCUCUAACUCCUGGCUCAAGCCGUCCUCCCGCCGCAGUCUCCCAAAGUGCUGGGAUUACAGGCAUGAGCUCAUUCACGCCAAGCUCAUUUUUCAUAAUUUACAAACAGUCUGAUAAAAUAGAAGGAAGAAUUCUAGACACUAAAGUUUUGGAUACUAACAUGUUGCA